AUGAGCAGCGGAGAUGUAAACAAAUUAAUUAGCCAAGACAUUCAGUGCGAAGAUACCUACAAGGAAGACAAAAUAAAAAUUGCCAACAGACUGGUUAAAAACUUUUCCCUCCUGAAAGAACUAAAUUUGUUGAGUACCAUAAAAAAUGAACACAAAGGAAGAAAACUCACGAAUGAUUACAAGCAGGAAAUAACAUAUGACAGUGAAAAUAUAAUUUAUGCAAAUAAAUAUAUCCUGAACUUUUUGCAGUUAAAAGAGCAAAAAAGAAAAAAAGCAAAAGAAGAAGAAAAGAGAAAAACAAAAUUCAAUACAAAAUUUUCCUCGCCAAAUUUUUUAAGUGAAAAUGAUAUAACUCAUAUUAAUGAAAUAUUGUAUAAAAAUAAUUUGUCUCUUUCUACAUACACAGAAAAUAUUAUGACAUAUGAUAAGCACAAUAAUUUCAACAUUUUUAACAACCAAGUCUUGGUAAAGCAUGUCCAUGUCCCACCCUAUGAUCUGGUGAACCACUCUGCCCACUCAGAAAAGAAAACCUUGCAAAUGCUAACUUCGUUAAUUGAGAGUUAUAAUGACACUUUAAGUUUAAUUCAGCUCCAACAAAGUGUUAUAAAUGACUUGUUCUUUUACACACACAAUUUGUUGAAGAACAAGCAGAGACUCACUAGAAAAAAUGAACGUUUCGUUAAGGCCCACUCGGUUAAUGUAUGCGCGAAAGGGGAGCCACAGAAGGGGGCCUCAACAGAUUUAAGACCACUACUCUGUAGCAGCGGAGAAUCAGGGUAUACACAACCAGUGCAUUCCAGUAACCAAGGAAACCUCCCGUCUAUGUACAAAACGCAAAUUGAUUUAUAUAGAAGGCAUAUCAACCACCUGUAUCACGAAAAUGACCACUUGAAAGAACACUUGAACAAGUACCAGGUGAAACCAAAUACUAACAACUAA